AAUAUUAACUCAGCAGAAUCGUAAAACAAAUUGAUUUAAAUUGCUUCUGUAAAAAUAUGGACCAAUAAAUUAUAUAUAAAGUGUUUUAUCCAACGUAAGUAGAACUGAAAGGUAUAAAUGAAUUAAUAAUGUUGUGACUAUCUUCAAAACUUAAUCAACAAUAAUGUUGCCAUCAUUAUUACAAGUUUCCAUCUAUGUGCAGGUAUUAACAAUUAAUCAAUAUGAAUCGACUUCAAAACCGCCAAGUGGCAUCGACAAAGGCAGGUUUCUCAGGAGGAAACUCACCUGUUUCACAACCUGCGUGACGUACCGAGUACCGUGUCACGUGACAAGUUUUACCUUUCAUCGUUAGUAGGUGGUGGUGGUAGUAGUAGUAGUAACAAUACUAUAGUGUUUUAUGGUAGGUACGGUAGUGGGCCUACGGGACGACGCGAGGUAAGGCGCGUCCACUGGAAAGACGACAGGAAUAUAACGAGUCGAACCAGUGAAACCGCGCCCAACGUGACGCCAGGUGGUCAUCAAAUCACUACAAAACUAUCCAUGUUUUUGUUUUACUCAUUACAAAUAUCCUAUAAAUCGUAGAGAUCAUUUGGUACCAUUGAGAAGUGUCCACCGAGGUGUAACGCAAACGCUUCCUUCUCGACUGGCUGGGAGACAGGAAAAUACCUCUGUGAAUUGUGAUUGCAGUGAUUCAGUAACAAUCUGACGGUGAAUACAUAUUCUUUCUGUAUAGAUGAACGUGUAAAAAAAACACGGAGCGUCUUCUGAAUUAUUAGUAAAAGGGUUUCAUGACGGGAGAGUAACGGCAGCGGUGUAACCGAGUCGCUACAGUCGAGCUGGGAUCUCUGGCGCGUGAAGGAGUACGUUGAGAAGAAAGGUUAAUGCUCGAAUUUAAAAUACAGUGCACCUCCGCGUUUGCGUACUGCCAGCGAGGAUAUUGUCGCUUGGAAAGCCUGUCUCGAUCGGGAUUCAUAGAUCCUCCCGUGCAUAUUUGAGUGAAGCCUGUGAUUUAAGUUGAAAAACAUGCAACUGAACCGUGGUAAAAGGUGAUCCUAGAUUCACCGAAGAAUAUCUUUACAAUGGAGCAUGGACGAUUUCAAUAAACUAUUGAAAAUUUAUAUUUAAACCACGGUCCAGACAUUCUCCUUGCGACACGCCGAAAGUAAUCAUCGGUACAUCAACGUAAUCAGUGAAAGUAUAGAUCCGAUUACGCGUUGCGGAUCGAAUCAUCGUGUGACGCAUCUGAUAAAGAAAUAUUUAUAAAACGCAGACGAUUAUACAUGUUUCAACCUGUGAGAAAUCGACAUUAUAUUGAUCUAUCUAAAUGUUGCAACAAGUGUCAUCGAAACUAUCAAGCGAGGCAUCGAGUGAAUUAAGGAAUCGAAAAAUCAUCGAUUCGUACAGUCGAAUAAUCUUACCGAGAUAUAGCGUGUAACGACAAAAUGCGUGUUCUCUGCCUGUUUCUUAUUUUUCUGACCGUUCAUGGCCAGUCGGACGAGGGGUUUGACCAGUCCUCUAUUUAUUACACCGAGCCGACUUUCAUCAAUGCGAGCAACAGCAAUGCAAACGGGGGCCUUACGGAACUUCACGGAGGUCAAAUCGUUAGGGGCCAACGAUUAUUGGAAAGAUCGAAGAGCCCUUAUCUGGUGCGGGAAGAUUUAUUCGUCGAACGCGAGGGAGAGCUGGUGAUAGAAGCAGGGGUGGAGAUCCGGUUUGGUCCCAUGAUCGGAAUCACGGUUCGUGGGAUCGUCACUGCGAAGGGAGAACCACAAGCGCCAAUUUUAUUAACAGCAGCAGAAGCUAAUAAUCAGGUUCAUCCUGUUGAAUCUCCACUUUCGAUACGACUGGUAGAUGGGCCAACUCCAUCCGAGGGUCGAUUAGAGCUUUUCCAUCGAGGACAAUGGAGAGCUGUUUGUACGAAUUCCAGAAAUUGGACAAGAGCUGAUCUAGAAACAGCGUGUAGACAGCUUGGAUUCCAAGGAGGACGAUGGUGGUCGUGGAUAGACAGGCAAUGGCCCGCGAAACCAAGAUUACUCUAUGAGCAACCAGGCUGUAGAGGCACUGAAACAUCUUUAACCAGCUGUGAAAAAUGGUCUGAUAGACAACUUGGUGGUGGUGUCUGUGAUUAUCAUCCUGAUCUUGGAAUAUCGUGUUUGCCUCGUCAUGAUGGGGCCACAAAAGCGAUCAAGCAUUGGAGAGGUAUUCGUUUCGAAGAGGCUUUGUACGAUCGUCCACUGAUCCAGGAGAACACUCUUUAUAUAAGGAAAUCGAAGUCACUUUUAAGAAACGUUAUAAUAGAGCACGCAGGAACGGGCCGAGAAUAUAAUGUUACAGCCGCGAUCGAUGUCGAGGGUGUUCCACCGCAAAUGGAAUCAAUUUCAGUCCUUCAUGCUGCUUUUACAGGCAUUAACGUCACCACACCGAACGCUCCUGUUGUAAUAAACAACUGCACCAUUCAGAACAAUAGAGGGUAUGGAGUUUAUGUAAACAGUUCCUCCGGUAUGGCGUACAUUAACAAUUGCUCUAUAUUAUAUAACGGAGCUGAUGGAAUUAAGUAUAUUCAUUUUGAUGAAAGACCAGAUGAUAAAUUAGAUCGUACAGAAGUGUUUGAUUUGUGCACCUUUCCAACAACUGCCGGUCAAACUUUUCCUGUUAUAAUAUCCAUGGAACAGAGCAAGUAUGCGCCAAAUACCAAACGCUGUCCACAGCACAUAUUCACGAGACCGGGACACGUGCUGACCAUGCACUUCUUGCAAAUGAAGACUAGCAGAAAUAACAGUGCAUUCAUAGAGGUGUACGAUGGUAUAAGCGAAACCGAAAAACUACUAGCCAGAGUGAGAGUCGAGAAUGGCACACUUCCUCAGAGUGUCACCACCACUCGUCAAAAUUUGUACGUGAAAUUCAUUGCCGACCCACGGACGAAUACGAUCAUUUUUGUACGACUGUCUUCGGGUUACAAGAAAACGUACGAUCUGAACGUAACUGGAAGCGUAAUAGCCGGCAAUAACGGAAGAGGAAUUGCAGUGGAGAAGUUGCGAUCCGCUCUACACGUACACGAAACUUCAGUAUCCAGUAACAAGCACGUAGCAGGUGUGCAUGUGUCAGGUGGUGCCGCGGAUGUGAAUAUCACCAGUAGUCGCAUUUCUUUUAACACCGGGGACGGUGUUAACAUUACCGUCACGGGAGGAAAUCGCAAUAUAUCACGGACAAGCAUUUCCUCCAAUCAGGGUUACGGUUUUGCAGUGUGGUUGAACGAUAGCUCCUCCACUGAAUACGUAUAUUUCAAUCAAACCACUGUGGUCGAGUAUUCCCAGAUAUUCCGGAACAAGGAUAUCGGUAUACUAGUCGGCAAUGCAACAGGCGAUUCUUAUGUAAAUGUGACUGGUAACUGGUUCAACAGCAGCGCAGGCACAGCGUUACAAGUAGAAUCUAGUUGGAGACAGAAUGAAGGCUUGUUGAGGCUCCAAAUUGGUCACAAUUCUUUUGUACAAAACGCAAAGUUUGGAAUUAAACUAAGCCCAGCUCUCAACUUGGAAGCAACUAUUGAGUACAAUCAUUUUAGAGAAGAAUCUAAUGGAUGUAUAUUAAUAAAGAACCCUCUCUACGAGGAGUUCAAUAUAAUGCCAGCUGAUAUCGUCAUAAGGCACAACGAAUUCUAUAGCAAUCGUGGUUCUUUCGUAGUGAACGUUGGUCUUUCACCAUACAGUGAUGUUCAAAAAUUAUUGUUCACCAGAAACUUCUUGCGCGACAAUCGUGUUAGAGAGCUAUUCGACAACGGCAAUAUGAUGAGAUCCAGGUUGAUUCCUCGUUCUAGAGUCGCGGCUGUCGUGGUCGUUUCCUCGAGCAACGUGGAAGUAUUCCGUAAUAUCUUGCACAAUCCUGAAUCACCAUACGAGAUCGGAUCCCACUUGGAGGAUCAGAGUAAGGUUAUCAAUUGCACCUACAAUUGGCUUGGAUUUGCUGAAGAGAACAGAAUAUUCGAGAGGCUGUUUCACAGGAAGGACAGAUACAAUCUAGCCAAGAUAGAGUAUCUGCCUUAUCUAUUGCACAGCAGCAAUCCUGGAGCUAAUACGAUCAUAGCAAAUCCAUCCUUUGUUCCACGAUUCGUUACACCAGGUACAAAUUUAGUCGGUGGCGAAGUCGAUGGUCUGGAAUUCUUGAACGCUGGCGAAUACAUCGUCGAGCGUGAUAUCAACGUGCGACCCGAUGGUAAAUUGAUUCUUCAUCCUGGCGUCACUCUACGUUUCCCACCAGCUGUAGGGAUGAUGGUUGCCGGUAAACUGGACGCUCGUGGAAAACGACCCAGCGAUAUUUUGUUCACUUUGAAAGAAGAACUGGUGAUGGACUCGAAUAACGACACUCUGAUGGACGAAGGUCUAAGUCAGAUGAACGAAAUCGACUCCAUCCCUGUGCGACUUCUCGGAGGCAAAACGAAUCUUGAGGGAAGAUUGCAGGUGAAAGUAGGAGAAAAAUGGGGCACUGUUUGCAAUUAUGGCUGGACGAUACGCGAUGCAGCCCUCGUUUGCCAUCAAUUAGGUCUCACCCUGGACCCUGAUAACUGGCUGAUGGAACGUUCUCAGAUUCCAAAUGCAGGCAUCAACGAGGACAUCGUUCUCAGUAACGUCAGGUGUACUGAAAAUGACAAUGAUCUGUCCAAGUGUCGAGCAGAAACAGAACAGAACUUUGAGAAUUCUUGCACUCAUGAGAAUGAUGUUGGUGUUAGGUGUUCAGAAGCUGCAUGGGCAGGCCUUCGUUUGGGACCAUUGGCGCAAAGAAGCGAUCUUCAAUUCGUGACGAUAGAGAAGGCAGGUUUACUUGAUUACACCACGAACUCGUUCAAACCAGCUUUGCAAAUAGACUUUGCAAGACACUCGCUGGACAGCGUUAGAGUCAUUGACAAUCUCCAAGAUGGCUUAGGUGUUUUGUACUCUGAUAUAUAUUCUGUGGAUGCAGUAAACGUAGUAAGGAACAGUGACUUCUCUCAGAACGGUGGCAGUGGUAUAAGCUUCAAACAAUUGGGUAUGGAGAUCAUCAAUUCCAGGAUUGAAAACAAUAAAGUUGCAGGGAUAAGGCACAAUCCUGCUCUCUCUGCUGUUCAACAAAGAGAAUUCGCUGGCUGGUUCUUAGGUGUGCCAGAUAUGAUAGACUCUUCUUACAAUCCAAUAAUCAUACCUCAUUAUAUGAGAGAUAUAGAAUUGGCUAAUGAAGAAACCAAGUAUUUAAUCACUGCGAAGGUCAUUGAUGAUCCUAUUAAACGACGUGUCAGUAUUAGAUGCAAACCAGGAUACGUUAUUGGUAUUCAGCUGCUUAAUCCCAUUGAAAAUCGCAGCACAGAGCAGAUAACCUUUAUCGAUACCAGUAAAAUUACCUGGCAAUUGAAACGGGACUUGGCAGUAUUCCCUGUUACCUCCAGCUCUUUUAUCAUAGGUUUAGACUAUGAUAGCGGUGCAAAGGCACUUGGAGGCGCGGUUAUCGUCAUCACAGCUCUUCAAGCUCCGAUACAAGAUGUAAGAAGCAAUACUGUGAGAGGUCCCAUUCCAACUCUUCUAGUUACUAAAUCCAAAAUUAAGAACAAUAGGAAGGGUAUACUUGCUUCGUUCUACAAUAGAUACUUGGACGAGAUCGGUGAUCAUUUCCUUCGAAAAGCGAACGAAACCAUACAAUUAAUUGGCUGUGAAUUGUCUCACAAUCAAGAGGAAGCUAUUUAUGUACACUCCCCUCAUUGGAACAUCUUCCGGACAAACUUGUCCGAAAUUGCAAUUCAUAUAAACGAUAGUCUGAUCACGGAUAAUGGUAAAGGUAUAUAUCAGUUCAGUCGUGAUGCAAGACACUCCAACAAUCUUUUCCAUUGGAUAAUGCAAGACAGUACCAUUGAAAGAAAUAGAAAAGGUGGCUUCGAGGUGCUGUUACCUGAUGUCUGGCAGUACAACGAGAAUUUCACUCACACUUUGUACUUUGGCAAUAACACCUGGAGGAACAAUGAGCUAUUUAGCUUCAUAGUUGAUGGACAUUUUGCUACUUUGAACAUCUCUCACAACAGAUUCGAAGGAAACCGUUGCAAAGCUGGUUUGAUCUCCAUCCGUGGAAUGGAGAAGAAGAUGAGGAUUAAUAAUAAUUAUAUUGAGAGCAACACUGGUGUGUACAUGGUGGAAUUUAAAGCAGAUAGCCAGUCUGAGAUUCUAGGAAACGUGGAUGCUCGUUUCUAUUUCAAUGAGAUUAAAAAAAAUAGCUACGACAUGGUUGGUAUGGGACCACGUCGUAUCGAUGAUGGUCCAAGCUAUGUUGUUGGUUUCCAUGGAAUACAAAAGGUACAGAUAAAGAAAAACCUGUUCGGUGAGAAUUCUUUGGAUUACGAGCUACUGGCUGGUAUCAGAACAGCCAAGAUUAAUAAUGAGAUUGAUGUGACAGAAAAUUGGUGGGGUACCUUUAAUGAUACUGAGAUAAGGCAAAGGAUCUUUGAUUUCGACGAUUGGAAUGACCACGCUGUAGCUAAUUACCGACCCUUCUUAACCGGCGAUUCUUUCGAUUCCUCUGUGUCUGCAUCCUGGCAAAUCGCACAGCAGGUGGACUUAGAUAAUUUAGGUGGACGAAUAGUAGAGAAUUUAUCCAUACACUCCAGAGACAAACCUUAUGUCAUACGUUCAGAUAUCACUAUUAUGCCUGAAGCCACUUUGCACAUUUAUCCGGAUGUCGUUAUGGAGUUUGCUCCCAACGUUGGAAUCCUAGUUCUUGGUACUUUGAAGGCUGUUGGUGCGCCCGACCAUGAGAUUAUAAUGAAGCCUAUGGAGCACGAUAACGAGGCGACGAAUCCAAAAUUAAGGAAUGGGAAGAUUGUCUCUGUGUCCGAGGAGACGAUUCGUCUUUGCAAAGACGGACGAUGUUCUUCUUUGUAUAACGAAGGAUUUUUGGAGUUCUUCAAUAAAACUACGUUGCAAUGGAUACCUUUGUGCGACACAAGGUUCACCGAAAGAAACGCACAAGUAGCGUGUCGACAAUUGGGCCACGAUUCACUUAAUGUCUACGUGUCGUACGAUCGUCGAUACGAGCUUCAUCCUGGUUCUUUAAUACGCGUUUGGUCUUGGCCUGAACCAUUACAGUGCACUGGCAAAGAAGAAAAAUUGGAAGACUGUCAGAUCAGAUUGAACGGUCAAUUAUAUGGGCAUCGAUAUGACUGCCCAUGGGACAGUCAAUUCGUCUUUAUAAAUUGUGGAAAACGAAACCUGGACGAUACUCGUGACUACUGGGGUGGAAUACGUAUCGCCAAUAGCGAAUUUGAACAUCAUUUAUACGAGCAUCGUAUUCACGACGUGGUUACUCAUGAAACAGUGAGACGUGUUGAGUCAGUCUUGAAAUAUAUUAAUAUCACUGGUGCUGGAAUUUUGCAUUUUGAGAAAUCAGCUGCUCUACAAACGAUCAUGAAAUCUCCUACUAUAAUGCAUGUCAAUGUAACUCGUAGUGCUUAUCAUGGAAUCAAUGUGAUAUCACCAACUCAUACAAUCGAAUUGCUGUUCAAUAAUAUUAAUAACGUGCUUGGAAAUGGCGUGAAUGUUCUUUCCAUAACUGGAGAAGGACGAGAGGCAGAUGAAAGUUCAUUUACUCCUAUCAAGGACCUCAAUAUUCCUUAUAACUUGUUCAGUAUGAUCGAUAUAUGUGAUACUACAAAGGAAAUCACUCUUGAGGAACGUGUGAUUGUUUAUUACAAAUAUGACAAUCAUCCUGUGAAUUGUGUUAAGAUAUUCCGUAGUGCUUACAGAGCGAAGCCUUUUGGAUUCAGACUUUUACAGUUCAAUCUUUUUAAUUCUACUGGGAAGCCUGGUCGUGCUGAUAGUAUUAUCCUCUACGAUGGAGACAUUUAUAAUAUCACUGCCAAGAGUAUAGGCCAUUUAGAGGCUAAUAGUCUGGACGAGAAGAAAUUGUUUAGAACUCAGGAACCCAGCCUUAGUGUAAGACUAUUUGCUAACGGUGCGAGCAACGUGCAUGGUUUUAUUGCGGAAGUUGUUACUCUGCCAAUCUCUGCGAUUGGAUUCAAUCGUGAUGUCCAACAUAAUAUUUCUUAUUCUGUGAUAUCUAACUGCCGUGAAGGAGCAAUCAAGUAUGCUAGCGCGGGUGAAGUGAACGCGAUAAUGACUCUUGAACGUAAUCAGUUCACGAAUAACUGUGAGAAACUUUAUGGCAAUUUUUCUACUUGCAAGUCAGCUCUAUGGUUGGAUGUACAAAACACUCAAUCUUUGUUCUUUAGGAAUAACGUAGUUAAACAUAAUCAAGGCGGUCUUUCUAUUCGUGCUGACUCCAGAGGCUCAGCAACUUCUUUAGAAGGAUGGAUCCACAAUAAUUUGUUUGCAGAAAAUUACAAUAAACCUGCAUUAUAUAUAGAAGGUCGUCAGAGCAGUCCAUACCAGGAAGUUACAAUAUUCAGAAACUAUUUCACAAAAAAUGAUGCCCCUUAUGAUAACAAUAUUGUCUUAAAACAGGUUGUUAGCAAUAUGACCUUGAAUUACUUGCACGCUAAUCUUGGUGCUCAUCUCUUAGAAAUUUCUGGAUUCGAAGGCGUUCGAUUGCCUAUUUAUCAGAGCACAUCCCACAAUGGCUUUUACAAGAAUUAUGCAGUGGAUCGUAAUGGGCGCAGUACAAUAGUUGCUGGAACUCCUGGCCAGCAAUAUGUUGAUAACGUCUUCUUCAAUCCAGAUAAUGAUUAUGAAAUGCUUACAACAAACAGAUCACAGCAAUUGGAAAUGUGGAGGUCUCACAUAGAUGCUCGACACAAUUGGUGGGGAUACAAUGAAACGUUAGCAGUGGCUGGUAGAAUCAGAGAUAGAGGAGAUUCUCCGGAGUUAUUACAAGUAGAUUAUCAACCCUUCCACAUGAGCAAUAAGUCUGUCCUGAAUGGAAAGUGUCCACCAGCGUGGGAUCUCGUAGGUGACACCUGUUACAUAUACAUUGGUGCUCCCAUGGACUUUUUCAGUGCACGAGAUUUUUGUAGAUCUGUAAAUGCAUCAAUGCCGUUCAUCAUGGGUGAUUACCUAGAACUCUUUCAAUUUUUGCGGAAGCAACAAGUACGAUACGAUUAUGCGGAUCGUGCUUGGAUACAACAAUUAGAUCGUGUGGAUCAAUGUACAACUUUCACCUACCAAACCAUAGAAAUUGAUCAUUGUGCUCAGCCGAGUCCUUUCAUUUGUGAGAUUGAUCCAAAAGUAAAUAUCGAUCCACUAUCGUGGAGGAAAGAUAUUGUUGCAGUAGCUGUGUUAGGAGCAGCAGGUGUAGCACUUGCGCUGUUAACAGCUGCUAUCGCACUUUGGGUAUCCAAAUCAAAGAGACGAAAUAUUGAAAGAUUGGAAAGGCGAAAUUCUAUCAGACAAUCCUUGCAUUCGCUGCGAUCAGUUGGCUCUACCUCAGGGUUCACUGAGCUCGCCUAUCGACGCAAACCAAUUGCGACGAAGCAGUCUACAGACACGCUGAAUUCCAAGUCUUUGGAUUACAGAAGAAUGCUAAAUGGAGGAAGCAUAGAUUCAAUGGACAAGUCUCAGCUAAACUCGUCCAUGGAAGAUAAUCAGAGCUACGACGUGUACGAAGCGCACAAUCCAAGAUACUCGCCGAGUACCAGCGAAUUUAAAAGUACUGUUCAAAAAUAUGGAGCUCCGCAAAGCGCAGACAAUCCAGUAUUUGAUCUAACUUAUCGCAAUGAAGGUUUUAGAAAUCAUUCCACGUUCACAUCAAGGAGCACCAAUGACUGGCCCAUUGAGUCAACCACAGAAACAACCACGGAUGAGAUUCACGCUGUCGACCCUACCAACGAGAGUUCAUAUCUUAACAAUACAUCCACUCUUCCUCUGAAUGCCAGCCUUGCUCUGACCGACUCCAUCAGCGAAUUGAAACGCGACAUUGAAGCAUCAGCUGCUUACAGUCCAAUGGAUUAUGAUCCAAGACGCAGUUACGAUAAUGCAACCUUGACACCGAGUCAAGCAUCUGAACCUGUUCCAGAAUAUGCUCCAGAUUUUAAUCCACCGAUACCUCCUCAUCCUUAUCAUUACGACGAAGGUAGACCCAGAAGCGACGCGCUUUUAGAAACGAAUCUUGAUACUGGGGAGGAGAAACCCCUUCGUUCCAAGAGCGAAGCACUGUUGGAGACUAAUUUGGACGUGUUCCUAGUUAACGAGCCUACAGAAUUGACUCAACUUUCGGCUGGAGCGAGAAGUAAAAGCCAACCUUUGGAAACAGCGAUGUGAAUUGCGAGGAACAAGUGUUUAUACGUUGUUGAAGAUAGACUGUAAAUCGUGCAGCGAAUGGAAGGACUUUGAAAUGAAUUUUUGUUAAGCCCACCGGUUUCUAACUCUUAGGGUACUUGAAUAACGGCAUACGAUUUAGUAUCGUUUGAAGGAAAGAUCUCAGUAUUCGGUUGGCACUUAAUAUAAUGAACAUCUUAACUUAUAAGCAUCAAAGUGAAAUUGAAAUUGGGAUUACCAAGUCUUUUUUCUACGUUUUAUAUGGAGUAUACUUUUAGCACGAUCCCAUGAUGUACCUAAUUAUGUAGUAUGUAGUAUAUUUACUAAUAUAUUAAGUAGAAUAGGUAAACUCGUAUUUCAUAUGUACAGAGAACAUAUCAUACAACGAGUUAGAAUAUUUUUCACGAAUGUAUGUAUAUUCAGUGCUUAUAUUCAGAUGAAAUAGAUAGAGAAAUGACGAAUUUUCAGAAUAUAUUUAUAAAUAUAUUACACUGCCAGACUGCUGAAAAAGUAUAUAUGUUUUAUACUCGCACAAGUGAGGUAUACUCACGUGACCAUGUUUUGUGAUAGGUAACUCAUCGGAGUAUAAAUUACAUUAUAACUUCAUUAGUGUACUCAUGGUUCUCAUUAAGUGUAAUCUAUCAAGGAAAACUAUAUCUAUUCAUUUGCAAUGACCUAAUUAUUGGAUAUGGUUUUCCUUAUAGAUGGUGAUCUCACCAAGCGCCUUGAAAACAUUUUUAUAAGCAUUCCAUCGUAACAGAUUAUCCGUCCGUAUAUGUAAGUUUGUUAUACCAGCGAAAAUGGCCCUUUUAGGCAUGCAAUAUACUAUGGAUGAAAGAAGUAUUGGCACACAUUCUUGCAAUUAUUUUCAUAUUGCAUUACAUUUAUAUUUCACAGCGUACACUUUAUAAUGAUAUUUUAAUUCCUAAGUAAAAUUGCCAGAAUGAAACUGAGUGUGCCAAUUCUUCUCAACCCACUGCACAUGUAUAGAAUUCUACAGGCAUCAAAUGGUGUCUUUCAACGGAUCGACGUAAAAUAAUCAUUCAUAUUUUUUAUACUGUUAUCAUUGAAAGAAUUAUAAAAUGUUACGUCCGAUUUAUUAAGAUGAUAACGACUCAAUGAACAAAGGUGUUCUAUCUAUGAUGUAUUCUUCCAAGGAGAAAGAUUUACAAAUGGAAGGAAAAUAGUAUUCCGAAAACCACGUGCAUUUCAGGGCAUAAUACGUAUUAUAUUCGUUCGGUGUUUUUUUUAAUUUAAUACUUGUACAUUGAAAAAUUGUUUACGAUGAAACUAAUAAAUGAAUUGCAUCAAUCAUUUAA